GCUCCGGUACCUUGGUGGCUAAGGCGGUUCUCUCCGGAGCCUGCGGAAGGCCGUGCUUCCUGGAGCCGCUCGGUGUGGCGUCCGAGCCGGCCCUUAAACUCCGCGCCCUCGGGCUAGGGUUCUCUGCGGCUGGACUCGCUCGGCACCACGCUUGACGCCGCGGAUCCCGGGAAGCUCUCCGGGAUGGGCUACUUCCUCUGAGUUCUAGCUACCUAUCCUCCGGCCUCAGCGCUCAGGCGAGCCUGCCCACCGGCCUUUUCGUGUCCCGAUCUCCCUGGUCCUGCGCUUUGGUUUGGUUGCGGGGUUCAGCGUCAGAUCCUGGUCUGUGAGUCCUUGUUUAGGACCUGGGCCUUUCUUCUUGUGGAUUGUGGCUCAGAGUUCAUUGGUUCCUGGCGAUACAGCAUAUACUCCUGAUAAUUGUUGAUGGGAUGGUUUUGUACUUUGACUAGUGAUGAAAUGUCGGGUAAAGGCCAUGUCGCCUCCUGGAAAAGUUCCCCGGAAGGAGAACCUGGGGCUCCAGUGUGAGUGGGGGUCCUGCUCCUUUGUGUGCUCGGCCAUGGAGGAGUUCUUCGACCAUGUCACUCAGCACCUGCAGCAGCACAUGCAUGGCUCUAAGGAGGAAGAAGAGGAAGAGGACCCACUUGAGGAAGAAUUCUCCUGCUUGUGGCAGGAAUGUGGCUUCUGCUCUCUGGACAGUUCUGCAGACCUCAUCCGCCAUGUCUACUUCCACUGCUACCACACCAAGCUAAAACAGUGGGGGCUGCAAGCCUUACAAAGCCAGGCUGACCUCAGCCCCUGCAUCCUGGACUUUCAGAGCCGGAACGUCAUCCCUGACAUCCCUGACCAUUUCCUGUGCCUGUGGGAACAUUGCGAGUCCUCACGCCAAGUUGCCCUGGCACAGAGUAUCUUCGACAAUCCUGAGUGGUUCUAUCGGCAUGUGGAUGCGCACAGCCUGUGCUGUGAAUACCAAGCUGUCAGCAAGGACAACCAUGUGGUGCAGUGUGGCUGGAAAGGCUGUACCUGUACCUUCAAGGACCGGUGUAAGCUUCGAGAACACCUCCGCAGCCACACCCAGGAGAAGGUGGUGGCCUGUCCCACCUGUGGGGGCAUGUUUGCCAACAACACCAAGUUCUUAGAUCACAUCCGUCGCCAGACCUCAUUGGAUCAGCAGCGAUUCCAGUGUUCCCACUGUUCCAAGAGAUUUGCCACAGAGAGGCUUUUGCGUGACCACAUGCGGAACCAUGUGAAUCACUAUAAAUGCCCUUUGUGUGACAUGACCUGCCCACUGCCUUCUUCCCUCCGGAAUCACAUGCGCUUUCGACACAGUGAGGACCGACCCUAUAAAUGUGACUGUUGUGACUACAGCUGUAAGAAUUUGAUUGACCUCCGGAAGCACCUGGACACCCACAGCAAGGAGUCAGCCUACAGGUGUGACUUUGAGAACUGCAGUUUCAGUGCGAGGUCACUCAGCUCUGUCAAGUCCCAUCACCGUAAAGUGCAUGAAGGAGACUCAGAGCCAAGGUACAAAUGCCAUGUCUGUGACAAAUGCUUCACACGUGGCAACAACCUCACUGUGCACCUUCGCAAGAAGCACCAGUUCAAGUGGCCCUCGGGACACCCUCGCUUUCGGUACAAGGAACAUGAAGAUGGCUACAUGCGACUACAGCUAGUUCGGUAUGAGAGUGUGGAGCUGACACAGCAGUUGCUGCAGCAGUUACAAGAAGGAUCAGAUCCAGGAUUGGCACUGAAUGAGAGCAGCCUGCAGGGCAUUGUUCUAGAAACAGUGCUAGGGGGGCCAGGACCUGAGGAAGAGACAGAAGAGGAAGGUAGGGUUGUUGAGGGAACAGCUCUCUCAGCUUCUCAGGACAACCCCAGUUCAGCCAUUCACAUGGUCAGUCAGACAGACACCCAAGGCCAGCGAGACAUUGUCUACUGUGUACUGUCUGAAGCCCCAGGAGAGCCUCCGCCAGUCUCUGAAACCCUCAAGAGAGAUGGAAAAGCUUCGAGGAGCCUGGCCGGUCCUAAUCCACAUCUUGAAGUUUGAGCCAGGCAGGAAGCAGUGCCCCAGGGGGCAGCCUUGUUCUUGGAUGCCUUUAGAAGUGGUGCUGAGAACAGUGUGUUCCCCUCUGACUCAGGAGGCAUCACUCUAUAGACUCUGGGGAGUUGGAUUCAUUGAGGAAACCCUACAUGUAUGUUCUUAUUAGAGGAGCUGUUACCAGGUUUAAGUGUACUCCCUUGGCAUGCUAGUAAGUAUUUAGUCUAUAUCCAUUCCAAUCUCCAGGGAUCCAUCGAUCCAUCGACCCAGGGAUGAGGGACUGUUCUUUCCAAGGGCCGUUUCCUCACUGUAAGUUAAGCAUUGAGAACCAGGUGCCAUUUUUCUCAAGGUUUCCUUUUACAUUCCAGGGACACUUGUUAUCUUCAGGGACAGAAUUAUAGAUACUGUGUAUGUGUGACAGUUGUCUUUUGGGGAAUAAAAGAAACACUUGGGCUGUUACUUAUUUCUUAAGUUUGAUGGCAGUUAGCUAAGUAACAGAUACAGCUGCUUAGAAGUAGAGCUGAUAAUUAGACUUCUCCCUUUAGUGCUCAGGACGGUUCCUUUAACUGUGGUGUACCCAUUUAGAGGAGGAGUUCACUUCCUCCAGAGCAUCUUCCAUCUCUGUGGAAGGAAGCUCCAUGGACUUGGCCAUGAAUGAGUGCUAGCAGUGUUACAGGGUGGAUACAAAUGCACCUGGACAGUACCCUCCGUUCUAAUUAGAACCCUGUGCCUCUGGGGUAGGUUGGGUGUGGGACUGCAAAGGAAUCAGAAAUGGAGGUAGGUCGGGAAGUCACCCAAGAGAAUGCCAAAUACUCAAGGGCCAGGAAUCAAGCUAGAAAAUCUAUACAGUUUCCUACAGAGUGGAUCUAUUUUGAUAAGCUUAUGUCACAUAUAUGUUCAUGUGUGUGUGUGUUUUGCCUUUAUGUAUGUAAGUAUAUCAUAGUCAAGCAGUGUCUGUGCAGGUGAAAAGGGUGACCAAUCCUCUGGAACUGAAGUUACAGACAGGUGGGUGCUGGAAACUGAAUGUGGAUCUCUGCAAGAGCAACAAGUGCUCCUGACUGCUUAGCCAGCUCUCCAGCCUCUUUUGUUGUAUUCUUGAAGUUGAAAUUCCUCAAAAGAAUUAUUCUUUUUUUUUUAAAGAUUUUAUUUAUUUUGUUUAUGAGUAUACUGUCACUGUCCUCAGACACA